UGCGAGAGGAGCGGGGCGGAGGCGCUUGGCCCCGCCGGGCCGCCGUCGGGGGCGGGCCCGCGCCGCAGUCAUGGCGGCGCCCGUGGUGCCGGAGAGCGACAGCAUCCGCAGGGCCGUGUCGCUGCUCAACGCCGUGGACUCCGGCCGAUUCCCGCGGCUGCUCUCCCGCCUUCUCCAGAAGCUGCACCUGAAGGCUGAAAGUACCUUCAGUGAAGAGGAGGAAGAAAAACUUCAAAUAGCUUUUUCAUUGGAAAAGCAGGAUCUUCAUCUGGUUCUUGAAACUAUAUCCUUCAUUUUAGAACAGGCAGUCUAUCAUAAUUUGAAGCCUGUGUCAUUGCAACAGCAGCUACAGAGCAUUCACCUGGAUCAAGACAAAGCUGAAGCAUUUGCUACUGCAUGGGCGGCGGCGGGUCAAGAUACGAUUGAAAAGUUCAGGCAGAGGGUUUUGACCCCUCAGAAGCUUGAGACAAUUGGAUGGCAGCUUAAUCUUCAAAUGGCAGAGUCCAAGCAAGCAAAGCUGAAGUCUCCUCAAGCUGUGCUAGAGCUGGGAGUGAGCAAUGAAGAUUCAAAGAACCUGAAGAAAGUGUUUGUAGAAUUUAGCCAUCAGGAGCUGUUUGAGUUCUAUAACAAGCUGGAAACUAUACAAGCACAGCUGGAUUCCCUUACGUGAUGUUUUUGAAGACUUAUUUCUCCAUCACACUCCUGCCACCUCAUUAUUUUGAAUUGAAGAUAGAUUGCCAAGCUGUGUUUGCUGAAGGAUUCAGUGGGUUGCUUCUUGUAAAAUUAUAUGGCUUAUCUACUUUUUAGACCAGUACUGUUAGCCAAGAGUCUUUGUUAACAGUGUGAAGAUUCUAAUGGACUUUCUCUUGUUUGCUGAGUAAUUGUGAAAAAUGGCUUUACCUGCAGUGGAAAAAAACAAAACAAAACAAAAACCAACAAACCCAAACCAAAACAGAAUACUAUGUGCUUCAGAAAUUUCAUUUUUUCUUCCAUCCUUUUCUAUGGGUUACUUAAUUCUGGUAGAAAUUUGCAUACUAGUGAGGGACCAGGAGUAAAAUCUAUUUUUUAGACAUAAAGGAAAUAUAGAAGCUGUAAGAAAAUACACCGCCAAUCAAAUAUCUAAAAUCUCUAUUCUUUUUAAAUGUUAUUCACACAGCUGAUAAUGCUUGCUGCAGAUUUGUCAAAAUAAAUUCAAAAUGUAAAAAUUAAUUGGUUUAUUUUGGGCUGUUGUAACUUCAUUUCAUUAUUUUUGUUAUUUUUCAGUUUGAUGGGUCUUUUUCCUUUGAAAUAAUCAACAGUGUCUCUGAUUUCAGGGUUUACUCUUGGCACUGAGAAUAAAUAUGUCUUCUUAGAACUGCAUUUACACUAAUGAGUCUAAGUAGUGUGGUGUAUAACUGAGGGGAGAAAUCUCAGGGUAGGUAACAACACUAAAUAGUCUGGCAGUCAGAUUUCAGAAAGCUCUAUGUUGAUCCUUUCUCAUGCUGUUUUUACCACUGUUUUUACAUUGAACAGGAAAAAAUGAAGUACAGUGAUUAUAGACCAUAUUUUCUUCCAUUGUUUCGGGAUGAUUCAUGAGCAGCAUGAGAAGGGUGUUCAGGACCUGUGUUCAGGUCCUCCUGUGCCAGAUUUUUAGUUUUUUUGCUUUUAGAGGGUCGUUUUGUGCCUUUUUGUUGCUUUGUUAGGAAUUGUGCUGUCACCUCUAGAAUACUGUGAGGUUUGCACACAUUGUCUAAGCUGAGAGUUAAUAGAUUUAGAAGGUAAGGUCUUUAACAGCCUAUGAGUGAGUAAAGGGCACUGAAGACAAAAAACACACUUAUCAUGGUUCUUAACUGAAAUGCCAAAUGGUAUUCUACCCCUCUGGUAUGGUAACACUAUUACCCUGAUGGAAAGAAGAAAUGAGUCACUGUUGCACAGCAGAAUAUUACCUGCCGAAAUCACAUCUUGUCUUAAGCCACUGGCAAAUGGGCCAUAUCUUCUGGAGAUACAAUGCUCCCACCUACAGACAUCACAUCCUCAAUCUGCCUAUUCAACAGCAGCUUGCCAGCUCGUUCAUCUCAUGCUGCAUAGACUGGUGUGGGUCUGCAAGUGAGCACAUCCCCACCAUUCCCUCUGCCUGCAAACAUUAGCAGUGCUUUGUAGUUAGGACAGUUAGGAAAGUCCCUUUCUUCGUGGCACAAAAGUUAUAGCUUCUCUACUGGUCCUGUGGGACAGUAUGGCUUGUGCUAGGACACUGCUCUAGAGCCUUUUCUCUGAGUUUCCAGAGCUUAUGUUCUGGAAGUCAAGUCUGAAGUGAGUUGUAGACUUUCAUUUGUGAAUACAGGACAUCCUAAGGUGUUAUAUGAUGUGAGAGAGUGGUGUAAGUUACAUUUGUGAGUAUAGGCAGUGACUGAUAAAUCCCGGAGCAGGACCUGGACCAUUUUGGAGUGCAGAAGACAUUGGACAAAUCAGCAGGCACAUCUGAAAAAAAGAAGUCAAAGACAGUAGGAAGAAAUGGGGUGCAGGAAAAAGGAAAGAGAGGACAGAGAAAUAGAUAUUCCCAAGAAUGGAAUUUGGGAGUUGGAAAACUAUGAGGAAGAAAGGAGGAACACUGGAAAACAUGACAAAAGUAUAUAUACAAGGAAAACAUUAAGCAAAGUGAGAGAAAAAUGUUAAAGACUGGAAGAGUGGGAAGAAAACAGGGGAAACAAAGUAAACCAGAGUUAACUAUGGAAACUAGCCAGUUGUAUAACUACAUCUAGUAUUUCAAUCUAACCCGUAAGUGUCAGCCUUGAUGCAAAGUUGGUCAAGAUCAAAACCAAGUGUGGGAUAACAAAAAAAUCAGAUUUUAAUACUAGCUUUAGUAUAAAUAUUUGAAAACGAUAAAAUAAUGUUGAAAUGAAAGAAAAAGCCUAAGAUUGCAAGAAUUCUGUAAAAAUUAUUUAGUGUUUAUCCUUGUUUGCAGAUGGCUGAAGAGAUUUAUGAUUUCUUUAGCAAUGGUUGCCUUUUCUUUUUUUACUAGCUAUACUGAAUUUGUAUUGUCAAAAGCCUCAUAAGAGCACAGUUGUUAUCUUGUCAAGGACCACUGAGAAAUAAACAUUUAGUUUAGAGAGACUUUUCUUUAUGUAAUGGGAAGCUUUGGGGUUGUACAUUAUUAUGUAGCAAGGACAUAACCUGUACCUUGUUAGAGAAGAGCAUUGUCACUUAAGUGAUCCUGAAUAAGGAGAGAAAAUUGACCAACUGUGAAAAGACAGAAGUAUUUAGGAGUUUUUUGUUACUUCUUGCAGAAAAGAAGGUUUUUGUUCUGGUUGCUGCUCUCUCAGCCUCAGUGGACCUGGAGAGGGGAAGUUUAGUCUUCCCCUUAGAGAAGCUGUCCCUGCUUAGUUUGUAUAAAGUCCUGUUGACCCAGAAGUGUCAGGGAACAAGAGGAAAAACAAGGACUACCACAGUCUGGAUAAUGCCUGGGGAAAUAGGGAUAUCUGCCUGCAUCAGGGACUAGAUCCAAUGCUGUACCUUAGAGGUGGCAGAAAGAAAAACAGGCCCCGGGAGGAAGAAGGCACGUAGCCUAUACAGAACUGAAUACACCAGGUUGAUGUGGGAGCCUAGACAGGUACAUGCAUGCUGAAGGUGUUCAAGCUUUGCUUAUGUGUUCUGGUAAAACAUAGGCUGUAGAGGGAGUCUUGUAGGUAUUUUGGAGAUUUUAUUGCAGUAAAGGAAAGGAACACAUCCCAGGCUCUUUUCAGUUAGGGUCAUAGCAAAGUAUUGGUCUGUAAUAUCUCUUGGACAUGAUCCAGAAUUGAAAUUAUCAAGGCUUCAGAUAGUGUUGAAGGAAGAUAUUUGCAGAGAUUUAUUGAGCUUUAAAACUGGAAAUUGGAAUGAGUAAGAAUUACUAAAUCUUCUUUCAGAUCUUUCAGUGCAUUUUAAAAACAUUUGAUUCAUCUUUGUUCAGACAAGACAGUAUUUUCCGUGACUGUACUUCUCUCAAAGCUAUAAUGUCAAAAUCUGCCUCAAAUGGACUAUUGGCAAAGGAAGGAAAUCUUUUGGUUUGAGUAUAACAAGCAUCAGUAUUGUUUUGACAUGAAGACUUGGAGUUCUGGGGCUAAGUGAAAGCCAGUGUGAGAACUGCCUCUAAAAUACCAAAUUACUGAUGAAGAGCAACCAGUUGUACAUCACUGAGCAAAACCAACACUAAUAGCACAUUAAUACUGGUUGAGUACAAAUGCAUUACAUUAUCUUUUCUCAGUUCAGAUUUAGACAUGUAAUUCCUGUUUCUCAACCAAGUAUGAAAUGUCUGUAAGUUUUUGCAUUCCAUUUUUGUUGAAAUAAAAUAUAUAGUUAGAUAGACAAA